GGCUGGUCUUGAAUUCCUGAACUCAAGUGAUCUCCAGCCUCAGCCUCCGAAAGUGCUGGGCUUACAGGCAUGAAUCUUUUAUUACUUUCUUGUGUGUCCUUCCCAAGUUCACAGAAAACACAAGCAGACAGAAAUCCAUUCUUUCCCACGGUUGCUGGCACGGACUCUGCUGUGUGACAGCACAAGCUCACGUGCUCAAGGGUCUCCUGCCUGCAGCCAGCCCUGGGCCUGCCCUGGACAGGCGGGCUUCAGAUUCCCCCCGAGGUUCUGUGCCAUUCAGUUGGAGGACAAGAGCUUCCCCACUGUCUGGCGUGGAGGCAAACCUGCCUCCAGGUCCCACCCCUCCCCAGGCCUUUCUCCUUUUAUCAAAGGUUGCCCUGGGGGAGGCUCCCUGCGGAGCUGAUGAGGAGGGAGCCUCUGUGCCCUGUGCACUGGCCUGAGGGGGUGAGGGCAGGGCUAGGGCGUGGGCUGGUGCAGGGGACUCUAGCCCAGAGCUGCGGCUGCCUUCCUGGAAACACUCCUGUCAGGUGACUACAGAGUGAGAGUGAAACCAGCUUCCCUCAGAGGCUGCAGCACAAGGCUGCCCUGCAAACGUCUGAAAAAAAGAGGCAAGCUCUCGGUGUGAGCAAGUGGACUGCGGCUAUUUGAGGUGGGCACUUCCCCUGGGGACAUCACCAGGCACACAAGGGUGUCCCUUGUUCACGGUCUUGUAGGGGGCCCAGCUCGGACAUUCGGCCUCCUGGCUCUGUCUGCAAGCUGGGCUCUGUCGUCCCAAGACCUGAGUAAAAGGACAUGAGGUGUGAGCCUUCGAGGGCGCCAACCACGCCCAAGGGAAGCCAGGCAGCUGCUGGCAUUCAGACGCAUCCACAGAGCCCUGCUGGGUGCAGAGGGCACACGCAGCCACUGGCUUUCAGAUGUAUCCACAGAGCCCUGCUGGGCACAGAGGGCAGACGCCAGUGGCACGGUGGCCCCUAACCCCCCGUGCUCUGCAGGCCCAGUGAGCAGCUGUGGGGUCCUCCCUGGCCAGGUCAGUGAGUGGCUGGCGUCCACGGCAGCAUCUGCUCUGGUCCAUGGUCAGGCCGCCCCUCCAGGGACACUGGUACCCUCUAGUCAGGACACGGAGACCAGGACAACAGCUGCAUGUGUCCAUCUCCAGGUUCCAACUGCUGCUCUCCUUCUUGCUCCUGCAACCCCAGCCCUCAGGCAGUGGGAGGACGCUAGGGCCUCUCCUGAGACUGCCUGGGGGCAUCUCCUUCCCCUGCCGCCCCUGCUGGAGGCCUGGGUGGCUGACUUUUGCUUUCUUUUCCGCAGGAAGGAGCCCACGUGGGAAUCCCCUGAGCUGCGCCAUGGCCAGAGGCUUGGUUGUUCGCGGGGGUCACAGCUCUUAUGGCUGCAGCUAGCGUGACCCCCCCUGGCUCCUUGGAGUUGCUACAGCCUGGCUUCUCCAAGACCCUCCUGGGGACCAAGCUGGAAGCCAAGUACCUGUGCUCCGCCUGCGGAAACGUCCUGCGCAGGCCCUUCCAGGCGCAGUGCGGCCACCGGUACUGCUCCUUCUGCCUGGCCAGCAUCCUCAGCUCUGGGCCUCAGAACUGUGCUGCCUGUGUUCACGAGGGCAUAUAUGAAGAAGGCAUUUCUAUUUUAGAAAGCAGUUCGGCUUUCCCAGAUAAUGCUGCCCGCAGGGAGGUGGAGAGCCUGCCGGCCGUCUGUCCCAUUGAUGGGUGCACCUGGAAGGGGACCCUGAAAGAAUAUGAGAGCUGCCACGAAGGCCGCUGCCCGCUCAUGCUGACCGAAUGUCCUGCAUGCAAAGGCCUGGUCCGCCUGGGUGAAAAGGAGCGCCACCUGGAGCACGAGUGCCCAGAGAGAAGCCUGAGCUGCCGGCAUUGCCGGGCGCCCUGCUGCGGGGCGGACGGGAAGGCGCACCACGAGGUCUGCCCCAAGUUCCCCUUGACUUGUGAUGGCUGCGGCAAGAAAAAGAUCCCCCGGGAGAAGUUUCAGGACCACGUCAAGACUUGUGGCAAGUGUCGAGUCCCUUGCAGAUUCCACGCCAUCGGCUGCCUCGAGACGGUGGAGGGUGAGAAACAGCAAGAGCACGAGGCACAGUGGCUGCGGGAGCACCUGGCCAUGCUCCUGAGCUCAGUGCUGGAGGCAAAGCCUCUCUUGGGAGACCAGAGCCAUGCGGGGUCGGAGCUCCUGCAGAGGUGCGAGAACCUGGAGAAGAAGACGGCCACUUUUGAGAACAUUGUCUGCGUCCUGAACCGGGAGGUGGAGAGGGUGGCCAUGACUGCCGAGGCCUGCAGCCGGCAGCACCGGCUGGACCAAGACAAGAUUGAAGCCCUGAGUAACAAGGUGCAGCAGCUGGAGAGGAGCAUUGGCCUCAAGGACCUGGCGAUGGCUGACCUGGAGCAGAAGGUCUUAGAGAUGGAGGCAUCCACCUAUGAUGGGGUCUUCAUCUGGAAGAUCUCAGACUUCGCCAGGAAGCGCCAGGAAGCUGUGGCCGGCCGCACACCCGCCAUCUUCUCCCCAGCCUUCUACACCAGCAGGUACGGCUACAAGAUGUGUCUGCGUAUCUACCUGAACGGCGACGGCACCGGGCGAGGAACACACCUGUCCCUCUUCUUUGUGGUGAUGAAGGGCCCGAAUGACGCCCUGCUGCGGUGGCCCUUCAACCAGAAGGUGACCUUAAUGCUGCUCGACCAGAAUAACCGGGAGCACGUGAUUGAUGCCUUCAGGCCCGACGUGACCUCGUCCUCUUUUCAGAGGCCAGUCAAUGACAUGAACAUCGCAAGCGGCUGCCCCCUCUUCUGCCCCGUCUCCAAGAUGGAGGCCAAGAAUUCCUACGUGCGGGACGAUGCCAUCUUCAUCAAGGCCAUUGUGGACCUGACAGGGCUCUAACUGCCCCCCCUGGUGUCUGGGGGUUGGGGGCAGCCAGGCACAGCCGGCUCACUCAGGGGCCACCACACUGGGCCAGGGCCUCACUGUACAAGUGGGCAGGGGCCGCGCUUGGGCGCUUGGGAGGGUGUCGGCCUGCAGCCAAGUUCACUGUAAUGGGGGAAGGAGCCACCAGCCAGUCCUCAGAUUUCAGAGACUGUGUGGAGGGGCCUGGAAGAUAGGCUUAGCCCAGGGCUGUGGUGGGAUUGGCUGAGGGUUUUCAGGUGCUUCCCAGCGCAAGCUGCCCUUGCUGUCUUGUGCAGUGAAGGGAGAUGCCCUGGGUGGGGACACGUGGUGUGGGAGCACAUCCCAGCAGUGCCCGUGCAGCAGGAGCGCGGUGGAUGACCUUGUGUCCCUCGGGCAUGACAAAGGAGGAGGGCUGCUCCAGGAGAAGGGCCUCCUGCUGGCCAGAGCGAGGAGGGCCGAGAGGCUUGGUUCUCCCCUCUGGCCCCUGGAGAGAAGGGAGUGUUCUUAGACCCCUGGGUGCUUGUCUGCACAGAGCUCUGGUCUGUGCCACCUUGGCCAGGCCGGCUGUGGGAGAGGGUCUGGUCCCACGCUGCCUCUGCUCAGACCACUGUGUGGGGGGUGCACAGCACAGCCUGCGGGUGAAAUGUGAGAGCUCACCAUCGAGCUCACGAGACAGUUAUUAAACCAUUCAAAUCUCUGUGGUC